UCAUCAUCACUAUCAACAUCAGUAUCAUCAGCAUCAUCAUUGUUGUCGUCAUCAUCAUCAACAUCAUCACUAUCAACAUCAGUAUCAUCAGCAUCAUCACUAUCGACAUCAACAUCAGUUCCAUCAGUAUCAUCAUCAUUAUCAACAUCAGUAUCAUCAGCAUCAUCAUCGUUGUCGUCAUCAUCAACAACAUCAAUCUCCCUCCCACCUGUGGUCUAUCAUCACUGUGAUCAUCAUCAUCCUCAUCACUGUGAUUAUCCUCACUGA